UGUUGAUGUUUUGGGGUUGUUGAUGUUGGCUGAUACCCGCCUGAAUCUGAGGAAUUGUUCAAUCUUCUAUUGUAACGGCGAUGUUUUGUCUUUCAGAGAGAUUUUCCUACCUCAGUAACCCCAUCCUGUGAAAAUGAAUACAAUUAUGCCACCAACUAAUGUUUCCGGAGGUGACACCUCCCCUAAAAAGGGGCCACCAAAGUUCAAGCAAAGAGCAACUCGACAGUUCAAGAGCAAACCCCCCAAGGCAGGAGUGAAAGGGUUUGGAGAUGAUAUUCCUGGAAUGGAGGGGCUUGGCACAGAUAUCACUGUGAUCUGUCCCUGGGAGGCAUUUAACCACUUGGAGCUGCAUGAAUUGGCUCAGUAUGGUAUUGUCUGAGACUGGAAGAUGCCAACCAGUCGUUAGUGGUCCAUGUUUCAGAUGAACAGUAACUAUAGUGAAGCAGACUUGACUGGGUUACUAUUAGAACCAACUGUGCACAAUGCAUCACCAUUAGUGUUCAAUCCCAUCAGCCUGAACAUUGAUGUAGCUGUCAGUUUUCAGACUAUGAUUGUGAGUAGUAGUGUAUGGUGUAUAAUUUAAAUAUAUUUAUGUGGCAUCCAGUUGUAAAGUUCUACUUUUAACUAACAUAAAACUUUAAUCUUUGCAUUAUUAUUUGUAUUUAAUCUGUAAAACUCUGUCAAUUUGGAUCCUUGUCUGUAAAAUGGGAGAGGUGCAUGAAAGGCUUUUAGUUCAUCCUGUCAUUGAGUUGACUCAGUCACCAUAGCUAAAUUGAAAUGUGCAUCAAUAUCUAGAGAAUGACAUUUACAUUUAAUCAUGUCUAGAGAGUAAGCUUUAUAUUUGUUGCUGUCUUUGAGCUAGAUUUCUAAUCGGGUUAGAAAAUUGUACAUUGGCUGUUGUUCCCUUGGUGUUUGUUGCCUUGCCUAAAAAUCAGAGUCUUGAGACAGUUUGGAACCUGAUCUGUUGUACCUACGCUUGCCUCAUGGCUUACCACAUUGCUUUCCACGUUGUAUUUGUUUUUCACCACUAGAACAGGAAGAAUAAAUGCACAGAUGCCAGCUCAUAUAAUAUUUAUCGUAACAGAAUAAAAUGGACAAGCUCCCCGAA